AUGGCGACCCCCGACCUGUCGACCCUCACGUCCUCCGCCCAGAUCUUCUCCUCCAACUACACCCUGCCCCAGAUCCGCGCCAUCCACAAGUCCCUCCAUGUCGAAAUCGACGAGAAGGCCAGCCGCCUGCGCACGCAGGUCGGCAGCUCGUACCGCGACCUCCUCGGCACCGCCGACACCAUCGUCCAGAUGCGCAAGGACAACGACGCCGUGCAGGGCGUCCUGGGACGCAUGGGCGGACGUUGCGGGCGCGGAGUCGUCGGCUCCAAGGUCACCGGUAUGAGCAAGUUCGAGGCGAACAUAACCGAACAGAGAGGCGGGAGCGUGGGUGUCGUCGCGAGGGCGAGACUGCUCGAGGCGUGCGCGCUGGUCAUCGGGCGCGUGCUCAAGGGUUCUGGGGUCGGCGGCAUGGAAUUGAGCAGAGGAGACAGAGUGGUGCUAGCUAGCAAGAUCUGGGUGCUCAGCAGACUCUUGUUGAAGAGCUUGGGGGAAGAGAAGACGCUGGAUGGAGAUGUUGGGUAUGUCGUCGAGGCUGCGAAGAAGAGUCUGAGCGGGCUGAAGAGGAGGUUGCUGCGCAACAUCGACGGACUCAUGGAGAGAGCCGGGGACACCGUAAAACAGGAGGACGUUCUGAAGGCUUUGUGCGCUUACAGUCUGGCCACCAGCUCCGGCGCCCGCGAUGUCGUCGACCACUUCCUCCGUGUUAGAGGUUCAGCGAUGACCAUGGCCUUCGAAGCUGAGGACAACGAACGACAAAGAGGCACAGCAGAUGUUCUCAAGAGCCUGAGUCUGUACACGAAAUCCCUGCUGGACGUUCAGGCCCUCGUACCCUUCAAGCUAUCCGAUGCGCUUUCCAACCUGAAGAAGAGCCCCUUACUUGCGGACGCAUCUCUCAAGAAACUCGAAGGCCUGCGCUUGGACAUGUACGAGAGAUGGUGUGGGGAUGAGAUUCAAUUCUUCACGCCCUUCAUCCGACACGAUGACCUGGACGGUCCUCAGGCGCGGGAGAUGCUCUUCGGCUGGGCGAAGAAGGGCGGCGAGGUGCUCGUGAAGGGACUCAAGAAGACGAUGGAGCGAAUGAUGGAGUUCAAGUACAUCACAGAGCUUCGCACCGGCGUCUUACAGAUGUGGAUUCGCGAGGGCGGCAAAGCGAGGGGCUUCGACCCCUCCGAAAUGCUCGACGAGCUGCGGGAGGCGAUCAACGGGCACAUGCUACACGUCCUCGAGAUCAAGGUCAACAAGCUACAUCUGAUCGGGUCCGAGGUAUCGGCGACAUUAGAAUCGUGGCAAGACGGUGUGACGGACCAAACUGUCGACCUUUGGAACACGCGCAGCUUCGACAUCGACCUAAUCAACGGGGCGGACCACUUCCUGCAGGAACUGGUCGCAAGGCUGCAUGGUCGGAAUGACUCCGUGUCCAAGGCCGUCAACGGGUUCCAGUCUUGGCGGCACAUUAUCGACGAGGUCGGUGAGGUGGUCGAGCAACUCCGCAGACAGCGCUGGGACAACGACGUUGAUGAGAUUGAGGACGAGGAGACCAUUGAAUCGCGACAGCAGCUGCUCAGUAAAGACGACCCGAACAUGCUUCACGAGAAGCUCGACGCCACCCUCGCCAAGGCAUUCAAGGACCUCGACGAAAAGCUCACGAGUCUUUGGCAGACGCGAGCAGAGGCUUCCAACAGCGGAAAGAUGGCCAUGUAUCUCCUCCGUAUCUUGCGAGACGUGCGCCAAGGACUUCCCAAGCUGAAUGCAGUGAAGGGCUUUGGCUUGGCAGUGGUGCCAUCCCUCCACGAGAAGCUCGCGGUCGCCGUCGCGGCGAAGCCGUUGCAAAUCUUUGCAGACAAGGGUUUGACGCAGAAGGUGGUCGUAGGUCGGCCGCUUUGGGAGGGCAAUCCUGAGCUGCCUACGCAGCCGUCGCCCAGGACGUUCCGCUUCCUGAAAGACAUUUCGACGGACAUGGGAGACGCGGGCAUGGACCUGUGGAGCGGAGUAGCGGUGGGCGUUAUGAAGCGGCAUCUCAGGAAGGAGCUCUCUGCAAAAUGGCACGAGGCGGUCGCAGCGAACGAUGUGAAAACGACAAAUGGCGACACAAACGGUGACACGAACGGCGAGAAGGCCGACACCUCCCCUCAAGAAACCUCAGAGACGGAAGAGCAAAAGGAAAAGACUAAUGGAGAGGCAUCAGCUGAAGAGGACGGCGAAGCCUCCCCGGAAGAAAACAAGGACGAGAAGGAAGAGGUCGCAGAGGAGGAGCCCAAGAAGGAAGUCGAGACAGCACCGGCUGCACAGACAGAGGACCUUGAUCAACAACGGCGCGACCUCUUCAUCCAAUGGCUCUUCGACGUCUCCCUCCUGCGCUGCUAUCUCGACGCCCUGCCACAGGACAAGCCCAGUGAGUUGAAGGACUUGGAGGAGAAGGUGUACGAGCACACAGGCCUGGAUAGCGACGACGCCCGGCAGCGCAUCGCCAAGCUAUCGCAGGAUUACUACAAGAAGACGAGCUUGCUCUUCGGUCUGCUCUCAUGA